AUGGCGAACUUCCUCCAAAGUGUUCGCCAAGGGUUUGGUAGGGGCAACAACAACAAGAAUAAUGCGCCUAAGAUGAACAACGGCAGCCCUGCUCAAUCGCCUGCGCCCCAGGCUCCUCCGAUGCCCAUGUCCCCGUCUUUUGCUUCGUCUCUCUCUGUGGAUAGUGCCGGUGUGAGCGAUGCCGAUGCCCCCAAGUAUUUCUUCCAGGAGAAAUAUGCCCCGCUCAACGUGAAGGGAAACUUCUUGACUCUGUGCGCCUGUCCGAAGAACGUUGAGUUGGGAGAAUGGCUGGCCCAUCAAAUCGUUGAACAGUACCGUUUGCUUCACGGCAUGCUCCAGGUUAUCCAGGAGACGAACAGUGUGACUGGUUUUCCCAUUUGCAACGAGAGCACUUGCCCUACCAUGUCUGCAGGACGCCUGACCUAUACUUGGCUGGUGGAUGGGCGCGCUGCAAAGAUCUCCGCCCCCAAAUUCAUCAACCGCGUCGAAAAGUGGAUUGUCAGCAAGAUCCACGAUCCCGUCAUGUUCCCCACCGGCGAGGUACAUGGAGUGCCCGAGACCUUCGCGCUCAACGCUGCCUUGAAUCCCGAUGGCCACAGUUCAGCCAAUUCAAGCGCCGAACCAUCGACUGACGAGUGGAUCGGCAAGUCCAGCGGAUUCCCUCCUACCUUCUACAAGGAUUGCCAGGGUAUCAUGAAGCAGAUGUUCCGUUGCUACGCCCAUCUCUACCAUGCCCACUGGCUCAACCCGUUCUGGCACAUCAACAAGCACGACAUUCUCAACAUGUGCUUUGUCCACUUUGUCACUGUGGCCAAGUACUAUAAACUUGUGUCCGACAAGGAGAUGGAGCCCAUGCAGCCUCUCAUUGACUUGUUCAUCAAGCAGCAACGUAUUCCCGCCGAGGCCUUGAGCGGUGGACACUGGGCUCAGCAGACCCCUAGCAGUGCUUGA